AAAGUCCAGGGGAGAGGGGUGCAUACCUGCCUCCUACGCACAACAGCUCAUUCCCACUCCUCCCUGCCUACACAUCUGCCUGCCUGGACGAGGGCUCUGGGGCCUGGAUCCGGACCGGAGCAUGCGGCUGCUUUUUGAGGCAGUGGUUCUGUGCCUGACCCUGGGCUUAGGACUAUGUAGCGAGGAAACAACACAGGAGAACACCGUCCACCAAGCUUCCCAAGCAGAGUCAACCUAUUCAGAGUGGGGCAUCGGAGCCAUCCGGGACAGCUUCGAAACAGUUAACAGCUACUUUGACUCCUUCUUGGAACUGCUUGGGGGAAAAAACGGUGUUUGCCAGUACAGAUGUCGAUACGGGAAGGCUCCAAUGCCGCGACCUCACUACAAACCCCAAGAACCCAACGGCUGUAGCUCCUAUUUUCUGGGGCUCAAGGUACCCGAAAGUCUAGAUCUGGGCAUCCCUGCCAUGACCAAGUGCUGUAACCAGCUGGACAUUUGUUACGACACCUGUGGGGCCAACAAAUACCGCUGCGAUGCCAAGUUCCGCUGGUGCCUCCACUCCAUCUGCUCCGACCUCAAGCGCAGCCUCGGAUUCGUCUCCAAGGUGGAAGCUUGUGAAUCCGUCGCAGACACAGUGUUCAACGCUGUCUGGACCCUGGGCUGCCGGCCCUUCAUGAACAGCCAAAGGAGCGCCUGCAUUUGCAGCGAGGAAGAACGAGAUGAAUUGUGAGGAAGAGCAGAUGCCCGGCCUCUGUGAGCCUGCUGCCAAGCGUCCCCUCUCUGAUACCACUUCAGCACAGCGAUUUCUAUCAGCUCUCUGGCCUAGCACAGGAUGGGGGGACCUGGGCCAGGCAAUACACAUCAACUACAGCUUCUGGGCAGAGGGCUGCAAACAAACGGGAGGACAGCCUGUGCACACAGCGCAGUGAUACCCGCUGUCCACCACAGAUGCAGUUCAACAGCCCUACCUACCCCUUUCCAAGUCCAUCAGCCUGAAUGAUCCGAUGCCAGUUUUCUCUACAGACUCGCACAGACUCAUCAGGAGAGGCAAGCAGGAUGCAGCUCUGGUUAUAAACAAGGGGCUUUACCUGUUUGUUUGCCUUAGACACACCUGUAUUAGCUCCCCCUGCCCCUUAACUCUCUAAUUUGCAGUGCAAGGUAUUAGGUUUCUGCAACCCCUGAAAAACUCAGUCCAUGGACACACUAUUUACAUUUUUCCACCACUGUUGAUAGACUGAAGAAAAGAGGGGUAAUUUGCUUUCAGUAUGUUGCUCACACCCAUCCCUGACAUUUUCCAUCCUAUCAUAACACACCCUGACAACCCUGCUUAUUUAAAUACUUGGUGGAUCUUAAAACGAUUUAAAACAUUCAGGGAUUUUGUAAGCAUGAGAAAGACUUUAAGUGUUUGUGAUACAGGCACAAAUCAUAUUUGGGCAGAAGGGGACCAAAGCCCAUCACGUCUGAGAUAUGAAAUCAUACCACUCUCCCACUGUCUCAGGAGAGGAAGCUGCUUUCCUUUUGCAGUGUCAUCCAGAUCUAUUUAAUUAUCUUCCUCCUGUAUCAUUUAACAAAGCUUUUCCCUUAAGAUCCCUUUUUACACAAAAUGGUUGGGUAUCCGCCUCCCUUCUUUUGUGUGAGGGAAACAGGAGGCUCACAGUUGCCUUGGAUGAGGUAUUAAAAAUCCUGAAGGCUUAUCUGUCAGGCUUACAUGCUACCUCUGUGGGGCAGAGACACCGCCAACUGAUGAGUGAUCAGCAGCCUCAGAUGGCAUUCUUUCUAAAACGUGGUUAAUACUUCCAUCUACUAGCGUAAGCUUUUAUUGCACGCAAAAUUAGAAUUCAAAGAGGUAUAUGGAAUUUCAUCUACAUAUAACAUUUGCAGACAGCUUUCAUCUGUGUUACUUGUUGAAAGGAAGUUGCUACUGGGUGUGCGUGCCAUGCCACGUAAAUACUUCAGCGUCUUCUGCAAACAUUUAUGGUUGUGUUCUUCCAUCUGCCGUGGAAAAGUUAAGGCUACAGAAGGGUGAUUUAACAAGAAUGGGAAGAGCCUUAGUUACUUUUCUGUUAGUUUGUGUUUGAAUGCAUGGAGCUAUAAAUUAUUUAAGCCCCAUA